AUGCGGCUCUCGGAUGAGUCGGGCUCAACACCGUCCACACCUCCGACGCUACCGAACACUGAGGCAGUAUACACGUUCGACACCACUGAUGGCCAGUCCCCAACGCACCACACCCUCUACUUCCUCACAGACAUUUCCCCGUUCCUGUCAACGCCGGAUCUGUACGGCGAAGACGUCAAGGCCACCAGAAGUCAACAUUCCACAGAGAUCUCGUGGGUGGUCUGCUCCCUGGUCAAUGGCCGGGACUCUGCAACCGGCGCCACAAUUUCAACCGAGAUGAACACCCUGCCAACACCGCCAGCCAAGAACUCGGUGCUGGUCGUGAACGGCAACAGUCCCCGCACCGGCCUCGAGCAGGACUACCACGAUUGGUACGAUCAGGAACACGGCGCGGCACUCACAAAUGUUCCUGGAUGGAACAACAACCGGAGAUACAAGUGUGAGAAGGUGUAUCUUCCUGCUGGUGGAACAGAUGUUGCGGAUGCCGAGAAGAGGAUUUCCAGACGGUUCUUCGGGUUCAACUUCUAUGAUGAGACGAACGGGCUUGGGGGUCCAGAGUGGAAGAAGGGGACGAAUACGGUAUGGACGGAGAGGAUUCGGGGCAAUGCUGAGUGUGGCAAUUUGAGAAGGGUCUGGCGAGUUAUGUAG